AUGACCGCCAAGAACGCUGAGGAUCAGACAAGUUGCUUGAGAAUCGUCUUCAGCGUCAAUUUCAGGACUGGAAUUUUUUACAUUCGGAAAGUCCAUGGACAGUCGGAAGAUAUGCUUAAAAUAGCAUUAUACGCCAAGAAAAGUGAAAAAACCGGAAGAUCCAUAAAUAAUCGGAAGGUCCAUGGAUAGUCGGAAGGUCCAUGGAC